UCUGUGCUUUGGGGUGUUGGGAAAUGGAAAGAUCGUUUUAAUCAGCGCACCAGGUGGAACACAUCUUCCAGAAGAGAGUUUGUGUGUGGAUGUGUCAAGAGGGCUUUUGUGACGGCAAAGGGUUGGGGUGUGUGUGUGUGUGUGUGUGUGUGUGUGUGUGUGUGUGUGUUGGGCCCCCUGAGUUGGGGGAGGGGGGAGGCAGGAGGGAAAGUGAGGUGCGUAGGUGCAAGGAGGAGCCCAAAGAUCUUCCAGCCAAGCAAGGGCUGGAAUGGGGAGAGCUGGGGCUUCCUGCUCACUGCCCACCUUCUCUCUGCCAGACCCUGUCCUUUGCUGGGUGAGGAGCAGGCAGGGCAGCAGGCCCUCAGGGCUCGCUCCCUGGCCCUGGAUCUGCCCGAGGCAGCCAUGCAGCCCUUGCCUGUGGGGGUCUUCCUGGAGGAGGUCACAGAGGAGACCCCAGCCCAGGCAGAAAGUGAGCCGCCCAAGGUGCUGGACCCCGAGGAGGACCUGCUGUGUAUCGCCAGGACCUUCUCCUACCUGCGGGAAUCUGGCUGGUAUUGGGGUUCCAUUACGGCCAGCGAGGCCCGGCAACACCUGCAGAAGAUGCCAGAGGGCACCUUCCUGGUGCGAGACAGCACCCACCCCAGCUACCUGUUCACGCUGUCCGUCAAGACCACCCGGGGCCCCACCAACGUGCGCAUCGAGUACGCAGACUCCAGCUUCCGCUUGGACUCCAACUGCCUGUCCAGGCCGCGCAUCCUGGCCUUUCCAGACGUGGUCAGCCUGGUGCAGCACUACGUGGCCUCCUGUGCUGCCGACCCCCGCAGCGACAUCCCCGACCCCGCCCCGGCGCCCGCCCCGCCGGCCCCCAAGGAGGAUGCGACCAGCGAUCCCGCACCGCCUGCUCCGACAGCGGCCGCCGCUGCCGCUGUGCAUCUCAAACUGGUGCAGCCCUUUGUGCGCACGCGCAGCGCCCGCAGCCUGCAGCACCUGUGCCGCCUGGUCAUCAACCGGCUGGUAGCCGACGUGGACUGCCUGCCGCUGCCCCGGCGCAUGGCCGACUACCUCCGACAGUACCCCUUCCGCCUCUGACCCAGCCGCGCACACCCGCUCUCCCUGGGGCCUGUGUGCAUCUGGCGCCCAGCAGCUCAGAGGUCAUGGCCUCGUGGGGCCCCUGGCCCCACCCUGGUGAGCCGCAUCCCAGGGGGAGGGGGGACACCCAGAGCAGGAUCUCGCUGGACCCUGCGGGCGGGGCCCAGGCAGCCACCUCAUGGAGGAUGGGGCCAGAGGAACAGCGGAGGUGGAAGGGGACAGGCCCUUUGUUGGGGGAAGGGCCGAGCUCAGGGGCCGCAGUUAGUUAUACAGUAUUUAUUUAUUUAUUCUGCUUGAGUUUGGACUCGGGGCUAAGUUGACCCGACUUCUCUGCCCUAACCCCUGGGGGGCCUGGAGCCCCCAGCUCAGCCCCAGCUUCUCUGGUCCCUCCCCUCGGAGAACCAUCUUAUGAGAUGCCGUGCUAUACCCAAGCCAGUCCCCGGUGUCCAGGCCCUGACCCCUGUGAGCCUCACCUCCCCUGUGAACGUGCCCCCCUCCACCCAGCCCUGUCCUGGGAGAGAGGGGCCAGCACCUGGAGGAGAGAACGGAACCAGAGCUGCAGAGCCCGCCCCUCCCCGCCUGGCAGAGCGCAUCCUGAUGGGCACAAAGCUGGCCUCACUGUGCCACAUUGGGAAGCCGGGUGGGCACCAUUCCAAGCAGCUCUGCCAGGUCUGUGCCCUACUCUGCCCUAGGACCCCACAAAGGUGCCUGCACCCGACAGAGAAAUAUAUCUGAUAAGAUUUUGUAUAAAAAUAAUUGUUAUAACA